CUGAACACCCUAGGAGGCACAAAGUUGGUGCACUCUCCGUCUUCUGUUUGUGUGUGUUUGUUUGCGGUACGUGUUUACAUUGAGCUGAGAGCACCACGAUUCUAAAAUCGUCAGGGUUUUUACGACGGUGCACUGAAGGACGGAUUACAGACUACGUCGCAGUGGAUGAUUUAUUCGGAACCGCAGCCGCCUGUUUUGUUUUCGUUGCCCCAAAAAGAAGAGUGGAAUGCGGCGGUCGUGGUGACGGGAAAGAGGAGUCAGAGGUUGGUAUCGCUUGGCACGGACUGAAAGGUUUGGAAACAGCGGGGUACCCUGUUCCUUCGAGUGCUGCGGUAUCUUCGUUCACCAGAACCCGCACGAAGACCAGAACCACUUCCUUCUCCCGCUGGUGUGAGAACGGCACACCGAAACUGGACUCGGUAGUAGGACAAGAGAAACGAAGGGAUAAUAUCAUACUUUAUUCAGUCCCCUCAACUCGGCAUAGUUUUCCCUGAGAAAGGGAGUAAUUCUGAUAAAGUAAACUACUUUCUUGGACAUCGUAAAGAGGGACAUUUGUCACCUAUAAGUUAGUAUUUAUUUGUUUGGAGUUCUUUGAGCGUUUCGCUCAUAUAACAUUUUAUGUUACUGUUGUUAACUGAGGUUAGGACGGGAAAUAUAUAAAUUAAAGACUUCAUAUGACGUUGAGAAGUCAUGUGUAGCCCACUCUGAUUUUUUUGUUCCUCGCGGGAGACAAGUGUCCGACAGGCGCGUAUUCACUGAUGUGGGCAGCAGGGCUUCAGGCUGAGAGACGGCCUAGCUGACAGGACAGACUGUGAAGGACACUUUGAAGUUUCGGUUGAGAUUGUACAUUGGUGGAAUCGCCUACCGUCCACGGUUUAUCGCGCUGUUCGGCAAGCCGAGUCCGUGACAGCUGAAAAUGGAGCGUGUCCUGCUGACGACUGUAUUCGCGCUGUGGCUCUCACUCACAGGAUUGACCGGGCCGUGUACUGCAGAUGAAGAGGUCUUGAUGAAUUCCAAGUUGGCGACAUCGGAUCUUAGGUGGACAAUCCACCCAUCUGAUGACCCACAGUGGGAGGAGGUCAGCGGUCGUGACGAAGGCGAGGGCGAGGGCGUGCGCACCCUCCAGCUGUGCCCGGGCGACGGCGGCAGCGCUAGCCACUGGCUGCGCACGCGUCUGAUCCCGCGGCGCGGCGCCUCGCAGGUCUACGUGGAGCUGCGCUUCACCAUGAUGGAGUGCUCAUCGCUGCCCGCCCAGGCACACCGCUCCUGCAAGGAGACCUUCAACCUCUACUACUACCAGGCCGACAGCGACGAGGCCACCGCCACACACCCCGCCUGGAUGGAGAACCCCUACACCAAGGUUGGUUACCUUCGUCGUCAGCUCCGAACCGCGAAGGCGGCUGCGCGUCGGAGCCUGUCACAGCGCGGCUUCUACCUGGCCUUCCAGGCCCAGGGCGUGUGCAUGGCGCUGCUCUCCGUGCGCGUCUUCUUCAAGAAGUGUCCGGCGCUCACGCGUGCCUUCUCCACCUUCCCCGAGACGCUGCCCCACAGCCUGGUCCAGCAGGCCCGCGGGGACCUCGUGCUUGACCCGGCCGGUCAGCGUGACCAGCGGCGUCCAGUCAGUCGGCAUGGCGCUUCUCCACCAGUUCAUAGGGGAGGGCCUGGCCAGUGGGUGGGAAUGCCCACGACCAGCUGCACGUGUCAACCGGGGUAUGAGCCACAGGACGUGGACCUGCACUGCAGAGCGUGUCCUCUGGGUCAGUUCAAGGCGGGCUUCGGGGCGGGACUUUGCCAGCUUUGCCCCGCCUAUAGCUACACCAACGGCCCCGGCAACCGCGUGUGUCCCUGUCGCCCCGGAUACUACAGAGCGGAGGGAGACCCCGCUGAUGCCGGCUGCACAAAGCCGCCCUCGGCGCCGCGCAGCAUCGUGACGCAGAUCAACGACACCACGGUGACGCUGGAGUGGAGCGAGCCCAAGGAGCGCGGCGGCCGCACUGACCUCACCUACGCCGUCCAGUGCCUGCGCUGCAGUUCCUCUUCCCCUGCCACAGGGGGCGCCUCCUCCACGUGCGUGCCCUGCGCCGAGGGGGUGAGCUACCGGCCGGCGCAGAGCGAGCUUUUGGGCAGGCGGGUGGUAGUGAGGGGGCUGCGGCCGCACACCACGUACACCUUCACCGUGCUGGCGCUCAACGGGGUCAGCGCACAGGCUAGUUUCGUGCCGCCCGCCAGCGAGAGCGUCAACAUCACCACUAGCAGAGACGUGCCCGUGCCCAUCUCAGACAUCAGGAAGACCAGGGCGACGGAGAGCAGCUUGUCUCUCGGCUGGCCCGUCCCCCACCAACCACACUACACUGUCCUGGAGUACCAGCUGCGCUACUGCAUGAAGGACCCUAAUGAGAUUGGCCAGAGUUGGCAGUACGUGAGCAGCGAGAAGAACUCGGCGGUGAUCGGGGACCUUCGGCGCGGGACGCUCUACGAGGUGCAGGUGCGCGCUCGGACCAUGGCUGGCUACGGCCACUUCAGCCAGGCCAGGAGCUUCCGCACCAUGCCCGACGAGGAGGAAUCUCACUCGCGGAUGGUGGUGACCGGCGUGCUGGUUUCCAUGGGGCUUCUCUUCCUGAUCGCUGUGGUGGUCAUCGCCGUCUACUGCUUCCGACGCCACUCCAGAGCCAACGAUCCAGAGAUCAUGGAUAAGAACGGCCAGUACCUCAUGGGGCAAGGAGUCAAGGUGUACAUCGACCCGUUCACGUACGAAGAUCCGAACGAGGCCGUGCGUGAGUUUGCCAAGGAGAUUGACGUGUCCUUUGUCAAGAUCGAAGAAGUGAUCGGAGCAGGUGAAUUUGGCGAGGUGUGCCGCGGACGGCUAAAGAUCCCCGGCAAGAAGGAGAACUAUGUGGCCAUCAAGACGCUAAAGGGCGGCUACACAGACAAGCAGAGGCGGGACUUCCUGUCGGAGGCGAGCAUCAUGGGCCAGUUCCAGCACCCUAACAUCAUCCACCUGGAGGGAGUCAUCACGGCCAGCUGUCCCGUCAUGAUCCUCACCGAGUACAUGGAGAACGGAGCGCUCGACUCCUUCCUCAGGCUGAAUGAUGGGCAGUUUACCCCUAUCCAGCUGGUGGGCAUGCUGCGUGGCAUUGCCUCGGGCAUGAAGUACCUGUCGGAGAUGAGCUACGUGCACCGGGACCUAGCGGCACGCAACAUCCUGGUCAACAGCAACCUGGUGUGCAAGGUGUCCGACUUCGGCCUGUCCCGCUUCCUGCAAGAGAACUCCUCAGAUCCUACAUACACCAGCUCACUGGGAGGUAAGAUCCCAAUCCGUUGGACCGCUCCUGAGGCCAUCGCCUUCCGGAAGUUCACCUCGGCCUCGGACGUCUGGAGCUACGGCAUCGUCAUGUGGGAGGUCAUGUCCUUCGGAGAGAGACCCUACUGGGACAUGAGCAACCAGGACGUGAUAAACGCCAUCGAGCAGGACUACCGUCUGCCCCCUCCGCCCGAGUGCCCGUGGGCCCUGCACCAGCUCAUGCUGGACUGCUGGCAGCGGGAGCGAUGCUCGCGUCCACGCUUUGCUGACCUCGUGUCUGCCCUUGACAAACUCAUCCGCAACCCCGCCUCACUCAAGGUCACCACGCACCACGGCGACGGGCCCUCUCACCCUCUCCUAGACCAGCGGCCGCCCCCUCCACUGUCCCAGUGUGCAUCUGUGGGCGAGUGGCUGCGGGCCAUAAAGAUGGGCCGCUACGAGGACAACUUCAUCCAGGCCGGCUUCACCUCCUUUGAGCUGGUGUCACAGAUCUCAACCGAGGACCUGUUGCGUAUAGGUGUGACCCUUGCUGGCCAUCAGAAGAAGAUUCUCUCCAGCAUUCAAACGCUUCGAGUUCACGGGAAGGGCCCCAGCACCCUCCGUUACUAAGCAACAGAGUCAACCCCUCACCCCACCCCCAACCUUGCCGCUUAAUCUCCCCUACAUUGCAGCAGCUCCAGGACCCUUUGCCUUUGACUGAGCUAUUCACCGGCGGAGAAGACAUCACAAUGCCCCAUCAUCAAUCACUGCCAUGUCCCCCAUACAGCAGCCUCAUCAGCAGAUGUGAUGACGUGGUGACUGAAUGCAGUUGGAACACCAGAAAAGGGGACAUCACAAUAGUAGCGCUGUGUCAUCUAUCUGACAUAGAGGGAAUCUGAUGACGUCACAACAGUUAGCAGUCAACUAGUGAUGCCACAGUUCUUUUCGGGAUUAUGACCUCAUUGUACCAGCAGUCUGCAUUCAAGCAAUCACUGUUCAUGAUGCCGUGAUCUCCAGUUAGGACUACAACUUGGAGAUGACAUCACAAUCAAACACAUGCAAUACUGACCUCUCCACUGUGCCACACUAAGUGAAUGGCCAAAGCUCUUGGUGGAAGACGUAGCUUUUCUCUGUCCAGCAUUGACAAAAAUGGAUUUGGGAAACAAAGUGAAAGUAAUGAACUGAUUGUUGACAGACUAAUAAAAGAGACAGAAAGAGUGUGUGUGUGAGAGAGAGUUCUCUCUGAACUGCAUGUCUUUUUCACAUGACUAGAAGACCACAGCGAUUCAAAAUGGCCGCCAGCGGACCCCUCUGGAGGUUCCUUUGUGGUUUUCCCCUGUCCGAGUGCCUCCUCCUCUUCCUCUGUGGUUUUCCAACAAGAUUCUCAAUGACAAGGACCUCAGAACAAUACACACACCCACACACACACACACAGUUACACACACACACACACACACACACACACACACACACACACACACACACACACACUUAUGCACACACACACACACACACACACACACACACACACACACACACACACUCUCACACACACACACACACACACACACACACACACACACACACACACACACACACACACACACGCCCUUAUCUAUAAGAGCACUUUCACCACAUACUUGUAGGUUGUGUGUCUGUAUGUGUGUUUUGCGGUGUGCGUGGAGAGGAAGCAUUGGCCAAAGAGAGGAAAGGAGGGAGAACGCAGAUCACGUUAGUCUUCCUCCCUGGAGACACUGAGCUCUCGCUAAGAUGGAGACCUGCGAGGGGGCCUUUUCUUCAGGGUUUUAAAACAAUUAAGGAAUAUUUUAGAGACGCUUUUUUUUUAGCAUCAUCUAAGGAGACAGGUUACCAAGGCGACACCUCCAUGUGGCCUCAAGGGUGGGGCUUUGACAGUUGAACUGUGCCUAGCGGAGCCCCCACCUCCACAUCCAAAUAUGAACUGUCCAAUGAACAGCUCUGAACUUUUAACCUUGACAACGCCAUGGCAAUUCAGCCUAUUUGAAAUCUGGGAGUUGAAGAAGGAUCUUCACAUUGAAGGUCUAUUAUUAUAUUAAUAAUUAUUAUUCUAGUCAACCAAGGAUUUUUUAAAGAUAAUUUUCUGCCUUUUGUAUGUAAAAAACAUUAAUAUGAAUGAAUAUAUAUUAGUGAGCAAACAUUUGGGAGUUCAACAAGUCAGACUUUUCUGUCUGGACGGUAUGUAAUCGCUGUGUUUAAUCACAAUAAAGAUUUCUACUGUGGUCCCA